AUGGCCAACUUCGAAGAAACGCGAAUUCAUAAGACGGCCGAGAAAAUGACAAAAGGAGUGGCAAUCGUGACGGGAUCGUCUCAGGGACUCGGCAAAGCCAUUGCAAGCCGUCUGUCUCACGAUGGCUAUGCCGUGGUGAUCAAUGAUAUCGCUAGUAAAGGAGAUCAAAUAGAAGUGGUGGUGCAAGAAAUCAUCGCAUCUGGGGGUACGGCAAUUGGUGUGGCUGCAGAUGUGACCAAACGGAUCGAGGUCCAGAAUCUUGUCGACACAGCGACCGAGAAACUUGGCACCCUCACGGUCAUGGUCGCCAAUGCAGGGCUUGCUCAUGCUGACGGCAUAUUCGACCUCAGCGAAGAACACGUCCAGCGUAUUCUCAACGUCAACAUUGCCGGUGUGUUCAAUUGCUAUGUUGUGGCGGGCAAGAAGAUGGUGGAACAGCGAAAAGGAGGUAAGAUAAUUGGAGCUACCAGUGUGGCAGCAUUCAUGGGAAAUUCUUAUAUUUCUGCGUACACGGCUUCAAAAUGGGCGGUCAGGGGUCUCACGCAGACAUUUGCGGUUGAACUAGGUGCAAUGUCCAAGGGUCACGAGAAACCUAUCAAUGUUAACUGUUAUGCUCCUGGAAUCGUAGGAACUCCCAUGUGGAAGGUAUUGGAAGAUAAGUUGCAGGAGGUCGGUGCGCCUAAAAAGGAAGACCAGAGUCAAAUGGAAGCUUUUGCCUUGUCCAUAACGACUUUGGGGAGAGUUUCCGUCCCAGAGGAUAUCGCGAACGCUGUCAGCUUUCUGGCUGGGACCGAUUCUGAUUGGGUAACGGGACAGAGUCUUGUAGUGGAUGGUGGGAUUGCCUUCAAUUGA